AUGGCACCCCACGGACUCCUCGGCGCAACCUUCGUCUGCGCGCGCAUCAUCCAGCUCUGCUCACUCAUCGCCAUAAUCGGACUAACAGCGAACUUCAUCGCCGAGAUUGUCUCCAACGGCGCCACGCCCCCAGCCAUCUUCAUCGGGACAAUCACAGUGACCAGCAUCGCAGUAAUAUACAGCUUCAUCACAACGAUCCUCUUCCUCGACAAUAUCCUACACUUCCUAAUCGCAGCCAUCCUCGACACCCUCCUCCUCAUCGCCGUGAUCGUGGUAUCAGUCAUCAUCGGAAAGCCACUCUCCUAUCUGCAAUGCAACAAGCUCAGCAGCGACGGGUCAAGCGGAUCGUCGGCGUAUACGUUCGCCACGCAUCUGAGCAGCUAUUUGGAGGAUCUGAGUGGCGGGACGGUGAACUAUACGGCGUGGAUUGGGGCGAGUAAGUCGGUGUGUUUGGAGGCGAAGUCGAUUUGGGGGUUGUGUAUUGCUAUGUGUAUCAUGUUCUUCUUCUCAGGCGUUUGCGGACUCGUGCUUUGGAGACAGAAGAAGGCGGCGGGUGUGGAGAAGUUGGAGGGUUAG